AUGCCGGUGAUUCUGUACGUGGUGACGGCCGUUGUUGCCAUAGCGGUUCUUAUCAGCUUUUAUCAGAAGCAUACAAAUUCGGUAUGCAAAUCGAAAAGGCGCCUGGACGGCAGAACUGCCCUCGUCACGGGCGGAACAGACGGCAUGGGCCUCCAGAUAGCCAUCGAAUUUGCCAAGAGGGGCGCCAGGGUCAUCGUCGCCUGUCCGUUCCCCAAGGAAGGGGCUGAAGCCCUGAAGAUCAUUGUCGAAGAGAGCGGCAACAAGAAUGUCGAGUUCAAACACCUCGAUCUUGCUUGUUUGAAAUCAGUGAGACAGUUCACAUCAGAUAUUCUAAAGAACGAAUCGCGUCUCGAUAUUUUAAUAAACAACGCGGGGACAGCGGCUAGGGGUCAGUACAAAACGGAGGAUGGAAUGAACUACGUAAUGCAGGUGAACUACUUCGGACAGUUCCUGCUGACCAUUCUGCUGCUACCGCUUUUAAUGAAGACCGGAACGCAACAGGAACCGAGUAGGAUAGUGAACACAGGAUCGAUCUUACAUCACAUAGGACAAAUCGACAUUCACAACUUGAACGGAAUAUCGGCAACAAACAAUUGGCUGUUAGUUCAAGUAUACGCCAACAGCAAAAUAGCUUUACUAUCAUUCAACUUCGAGUUAGCUAGGAGGCUGAGGGCCACUAACGUGGUGGUGAAUGCAGUUGAUCCUGGAGCUGUGGGAACGAACAUCUUCUAUGGAGUCAACUCAUUAGUUGGAAUCGUGGCAAAGUUCUGCUUUCGUAACAUGUACAAGACCCCAUUAGAAGGCGCGCAGACUGCUAUCCACGUGGCUCUGGACGAGGGGGCUGGAAAGUUGAGCGGAGGGUACUUCUCCAACUGUAACGUGAACGUAGCUAACCGGCGUGCUUAUGACGAGGAGACUGCACUUCUACUGUGGAAGGAAUCCGCCAGGCUGGUGAGCCUCACGGACGAUGAAAUUAAAGAUUUCAUGAAUGGUACCCUUUUGAAG